AUGCGGCUCGCAGGGGGUCGGGGGCCCGACUCUGCUCUACAGCUACAGUCAGAUCACUGUGUCGACCCUGGCAUCCCCGUCAACGGCCAACGCCACGGCAACGACUUCUACGUGGGUGCCUUGGUAACGUUCAGCUGUGACGCGGGGUACUCCCUCAGCGACCCGGAACCCCUGGAGUGUGAACCAAACUUCCAGUGGAGUCGACCCCUGCCCAGCUGUGAUGCGUUGUGUGGAGGUUAUAUUCAGGGUAACACCGGUACCAUCCUCUCUCCGGGGUUUCCAGACUUCUAUCCUCACAACCUCAACUGCACCUGGAUGAUAGAGUCCUCCCACGGCAAAGGUGUCCAGUUCACCUUCCAUACAUUCCACUUAGAGUCUCCCCAUGACCACCUGUUGGUGACAGAGAACGGCAGCUUCCCCGAGCCCUUGUGGAGACUAACGGGCUCAACACUGCCCCCCACCCUCAGUGCAGGCCUGUAUGGGAACUACACCGCUCAGAUACGCUUCCUUUCAGACUUCUCUGUCUCCUACGAAGGAUUCAACAUCACCUUCUCAGAGUAUGACCUGGAGCCUUGUGAAGACCCGGGCGUUCCUCCCUACAGUACCCGUAAGGGGUUACAGUUUGGGGUGGGGGACAUGCUCAUAUUCUCCUGUUUCCCUGGUUACCGUCUGGAGGGGCCGGCGAGGGUGACGUGUCUCGGUGGGCGGAGGAGGGUGUGGAGCUCCCCUCUGCCAAGGUGUGUUGCUGAGUGUGGAUCCUCAGUGACUGGCAUGCAGGGAGUGCUGCUGUCUCCUAACUACCCAGGUUACUAUGGGAACCACCACGAGUGUAUCUACUCCAUACAGACCCAGCCAGGCAAGGGCAUCCAGCUCCGAGCACGAGACUUCAGACUGGAGGACGAUGACAUGCUCAAAGUGUUUGAUGGCAGUAGUAACCAGGCUCGUCUGUUGGGUGUGUUCUCUGGGACUGAGCUGCAGGAAAACACUCUCAACUCUACAUCCAGCUCCAUGUGGCUGGAGUUCGUCAGUAACGCAGAGAACACCAGCAAGGGCUUUGAGCUACACUUUACCAGUUUUGAGCUGGUGAAGUGUGAGGACCCGGGUGUUCCUCAGUUUGGUUACAAGAGAGAAGAUAAGGGUCACUUCGCUGGCAGCACCGUGUGUUAUAGCUGUGACCCAGGAUACACCCUGAAGGGACCCCAGAUCCUGACCUGUUUGAGGGGGGAGAGGAGAGCCUGGGAUAGCCCCCUGCCCCUUUGUGUCGCGGAGUGCGGGGGAACCAUCAAGGAUGAGCCUACAGGUCGAAUAUUGUCUCCAGGUUACCCAGCUCCAUAUGAACAUAACCUGCACUGUGUCUGGAGCAUCGAAGCGGCCCCAGGAAGCACUAUAGGUCUCCACUUCCUGGUAUUCCAUACGGAGGAGGUUCACGAUGUGUUGCGUAUCUGGGACGGUCCCCAGGACGGAGGGGUCCUCCUGAGGGAGCUCAGCGGCUCGACCCUUCCUCCUGACGCCCACAGCACCUUCAACGCCGUCAGCCUCCAGUUCACCACCGACUUCUUCACAUCCAAACAGGGCUUCGCUCUGCAGUUCUCUGUGUCUACUGCUACGUCAUGUAAUGACCCAGGUCUGCCCGCCAACGGAACCCGUAGUGGUGACAGCAGGGAGCCUGGAGACCAUGUCCUGUUCUUGUGUGAUCCCGGUUACGUGCUUCAGGGGGCCACCAAGAUCACCUGCACAGAGAUCAACAGCCGCUUCUUCUGGCAGCCUGACCCCCCCACCUGCACAGCUCCGUGUGGGGGGAACCUGACGGGCCCCACUGGGCUGAUCCUGUCCCCAGAGUACCCCGAGCCGUACCCCCACGGGCGGGAGUGUGACUGGACCGUCUCUGUCACCCCUGACUACGUCAUCGCACUCAAUUUCAACCAAUUCAGUCUGGAGCCCAGCUAUGACUUCCUCCACAUCUAUGACGGUCCUGACUCCCUCCACCCUCUGUUGGGGAGUUUCUACGGUACUGACGUCCCCGACCGCAUCGAGAGCAGUUCCAACACUCUCUUCCUCGCCUUCCGCAGCGACGCGUCGCUCAGCAGCAACGGCUUCAUCCUGCAGUACACAGAGAACCCUAGAGAGUCAUGCUUUGAGCCAGGGGUGGUGAGGAACGGUACCAGGGUUGGAGCUCAUCUGAAGCUGGGUUCAACCACCACCUACUACUGUGAUAGUGGAUAUACUCUGGAGGGAGAAGCCACUCUGACCUGCGUCAUGGGGUCAGACAGCAAGCCCUCCUGGAACAAACAAAAACCCAUCUGCAUAGCUCUGUGUGGAGGGCAGUAUUCUGGGCUGGAGGGUGUGGUCUUGUCUCCCGGUUACCCAGGCAACUACAGCAGUGCUCGGACAUGCCUGUACUCGGUGGUCGUGCCCAAAGACUAUGUGGUGUUCAGCCAGUUUGCGUUCUUCCAGACAGCUCUGAACGACGUGGUGGAGGUCAACGAUGGAGCAACGCAGCAUUCCAGAGUCCUCAGCUCCCUGUCUGGAACACACACAGGAGAGUCGCUGCCAUUGGCAACGUCCAAUCAGGUUCUGAUCCGAUUCACCUCCAAAGGCCAUUCCAGCUCCAAAGGAUUCCACCUGGUGUAUCAAGCGGUGCCGAGGACCAGUGCCACCCAGUGCACUUCAGUCCCAGAGCCCAGGAACGGGCGGAGGAUGGGGAACAGCUUUGCUGUGGGAGCCGUGAUCCGCUUUGAGUGUUCCCCUGGAUACGUAUUAGAGGGAUCCGCCGCCAUAGAGUGUCUGACUGUCCCCAACGCCCUGGCUAACUGGAACUCCUCCGUACCCAGCUGUAUAGUUCCAUGUGGAGGUAAUCUGACCCAGCGGACCGGUACCAUCUUGUCUCCUGGCUUUCCUGAGCCCUAUCUCAACAGCCUCAACUGUGUCUGGAAGAUCACGGUCCCAGAAGGAUCAGGAAUACAGAUCCAGGUGAUCAGUUUUGUGACUGAACAGAACUGGGAUUCUCUAGAGGUGUUUGAUGGAGGAGACAACAGUGACACCAUGCUGGGCAGCUUCUCAGGAACGACGGUCCCGGCUCUUCUGAACAGCACGUCCAACCAGCUCUACCUCCACUUCUUCUCUGACAUCAGCGUGUCUGCUGCCGGCUUCAGGCUGGAAUACAAGACGGUCUCUCUGACUAGUUGUCCAGAGCCAGUGGUUCCUAUGAAUGGUAUCAAGGUGGGAGAGAGACUCCACAUGAACAGCGUCAUCUCAUUCCAGUGUGAGCCAGGAUACACAUUACAGGGAAACUCUCACAUCUCCUGCAUGCCAGGGACCGUCAGGCGAUGGAACUACCCACCUCCACUCUGCAUCGCCCAAUGUGGAGGAAUCCAGGAGGAGAUGGAAGGCAUGAUCCUGAGCCCUGGUUUCCCAGGCAACUACCCUAGCAACAGUGACUGUACCUGGCGAAUCUACCUGCCUGUGGGAUACGGAGCCCAUGUCCAGUUCCUCAACUUCUCCACCGAGGCUAACCAUGACUCUCUGGAGAUAAGGAACGGCCCACUGGACACCAGCACUGUGAUUGGUCGAUUCAGUGGACAGGAUGUCCCGCCCUCCCUGCUCACCACCUCCCAUGAGACCACAGUGUAUUUCCAUAGCGACCACUCCCAGAACAGGCCAGGAUUCAGGUUUGAGUACCAGGAAUACUGGAUGAGGAAACCUCCCCCUCCUGUCUCCACCUCCCAACCCCAGAAACCUCCCCCUCCUGUCUCCACCUCCCAACCCCAGAAACCUCCCCCUCCUGACUCUACCUCCCAACCCCAGAAACCUCCCCCUCCUGUCUCCACCUCCCAACCCCAGAAACCUCCCCCUCCUGUCUCCACCUCCCAACCCCAGACACCUCCCCCUCAUGUCUCCACCUCCCAACCCCAGAAACCUCUCCCUCCUGUCUCCACCUCCCAACCCCAGAAACCUCCGCCUCCUGUCUCCACCUCCCAACCCCAGAAACCUCCCCCUCCUGUCUCCAACUCCCAACCCCAGAAACCUCUCCCUCCUGUCUCCACCUCCCAACCCCAGAAACCUCCGCCUCCUGUCUCCACCUCCCAACCCCAGAAACCUCCCCCUCCUGUCUCCAACUCCCAACCCCAGAAACCUCUCCCUCCUGUCUCCACCUCCCAACCCCAGAAAACAGAAAGGGAAAAACCUUUAUCUACAAAGUCACGGUACAAAGGUGCUCAACUUUAUAUUGUGAUUCAGUGA